ACUCCACUAGCAAGAUACAGGACAAAAUGUUGUGGAGUGUGGACAGGCUAGGGUUGUGUUGGGUUUGAGCUUCCUGAUAAGUAUAAAAUCACUAUGGUAUCUUAAAACUCAAUCUAUACUUAAACUUGAGAUAAAAGAUGAAUGGAAGUUUAACCUUUUGAAUUAAAUUAUGAGGAAAAUAAACUAUUUUUAGUUGCAUCUGUAAGUACAGUCUAUGUUGUUGACACGGAGUGUGUCAGAACUAUCCCUUGUCUCCUCUACAUAUUAAACAAAGCUCUAAAUUGAGCGUCAAGGUGUAAAGAAUACGUUACAAGUAACCUAUCCAAAAGACUGGCCACUUGGAGGAUAGUCUUUGUCAUCUUAGAAGAUAGGAGCUGAGAGGCAAAGAGGUGAGCAGAAUUUGGCUUUUAUAAUAACCUCUAAGUACAGAGCGAUAAAAUAUAACUAUCAGUUCCACCACAACCUCUCGGGGGGAGAGUGGGGUAAGUUGAGCCAAAGGGUAAGUGCAUCCACGAGCAAAUCAUUUAUUUCUUGAAUUCAUCAACACUUUUCUCCUGUCAGUCAACGUGUCGGGCAGUGCGCCUCUACGAACCACACUCUCGCGAGAUUUCCCGAGAGGAAGUGAACAGCGGCAGUUGCGUGGUGUGGACCGGUGUGCUCACUAAAUAGCAUCCAAGUUUGCCAACUUCUAUGUAAAGUAAACGCAACUUCAUCCAUUAGCAUUGCCUGCGAACAGGAGUCACAAUGAGUAUACUCGCGAAAAUAGCGGAGAUCGAAAAUGAGGUAAGUUCUGAUUACAGAGCUGGCUAACCCCGUUGAAUCAGAAUCACGUUUUGCUAAAUGCUAACUAGCAGUUUUUAGCUUAGCUCAAACAGCUGGGCCUCGCUGGAACGUUAUAUCUAGACAAGUAAAACUACAUAUUGAAAAGGUUGUCUGUAAAAACAUAUCCGUGCCCAUUUCCUAUUCCACAUAUGGAUGUAUUAUAUGAAUUAAGACGAGGCUUCUGUCAGAGUCGGUGCCAGUUAGCAUAGAAAAAGAGCUGAGUCUAGAUGUGGUUUGGUGAGCUGUCAGUAAUGUAGUAAUCACAUACAUGCCUGGAGGAGUGUUAAGUCCUGCAAAAGUCUGCAUCCAAAGCUCAUAUAGUCGACAUAGUCAAUCCUCAUGGUCACAGAAAAGGUAACAAACGCGCCCGUAUGUUUUGUACUCAUUUAUCAUGGUCAGUUCAUAGGAAAUCUGUUUAGUGUGAGUCUGUGUUAAACACAUUUUUAAUCUGUAAGAGAAGCGUUCAGUUACUCAAAGCUGUAUCAGAGAACUUAAAGAGCAGAUGAUGCAAAAGGAAUCUCACGAAUCUCAAUUUCAAUACUUUAAAUAUUCACCUACCAGCCAUAAUAUAAGGCAAUCCUUUGCAACCCAAUACAACAACUCUGCCAUCAAAUUUCCUCUUCUAAGAGCUAUUGAAAUAUGGAUAUUUAGCUCCCCUCAUGUUUGUUCAUUAAGUGGAAAAAAUAUAAACAAAACAGUUUUGAAUAUAACACACUCCAGUACACUUUAACCACCCAAAAUGUCUGUAAUACUGAAUAUAGUAGGGGUGGGAAUCACUUGUGGCUCCACAAUACGAUAUUAUUACGAUACUUCGGCCAUGAUACAAUAUUAUUGCGAUUUCUAACAUUUUGCAAUACAUUGACUACUGCGAUACAAUAUGUUGCGAUUUUUUUUUCUUUUUUUUCAACUGUUUAGCUAAUUUAGCAUUUGUCUUUCCUUUACGUUUGUCUUUUUUACGCUAUAUAUUUUCAUGUAGCACAUCCUGCAAACCCUAUAUAUAUUUGUUGUACUAACUUUGAGUUGAUUUUAUUUUUCCAGUAUCAUAGACUUGACUUCAUAUUAGCAAUUAAUUUGAAAAAACAAUACUUGGUAUGGUAAUCACCCUCCAAUCAUGUCAAAAUUACCCUAACAACUAAACUAAACUAAACAAAACAAAACAACUGAACUGAAUAAGCUGGCCCAGGUAUUCAUAAUGAAAUGUCUAGUCAGAGAUCUUGUUCUAACACUUUGCUUUUUCAUGUUAUUGCCAGCUCUUUAAUGAUAUUGUAGCAACUGCUUUCCUUCAUCAAAAAGGCUGCUGGGGUUUAGGUUCGCUUGCAUCUGUGACUCGUUCAAUUAUCAGUCCGGUUUGAGCGUUAAAAUGGUUUAUUGUUCCAAAAAAGAAAAGAAAACAAGCUGAUCCAGGUCCAAAACCUUUGCCUUUAAAUGAAAAAGUGAUAUGCUGAAAUUAGGUUAAAACAAGAUGAGUGAAACAGUGAAAAACGGUCAACAGAAAAAAUGCUUGCCAUGACCCAUUGUCUGACUACAGUGGUGCAACUUAAAUAACCCGCCAAACAUCCCGAAACCACACCCCUUAGUGACGAUCCCCGGAAGUGAAGUACCUACAAUAAUCAUACUUUCAAAGAUAUUUUGGCUCCUACAGAUAUCUUUCCUGUCAUUCUAAAAAACAAUUCCCCCAAACACUUAGAUUUGCCAUUUAAAUCAUCCUGUUGUUGUAAUCAGUAGUUGUCAUUUUAAAGAGUAACAAUUUAAUAGAAAUGGUGUUAGUACUGAAUGGUGACCUUUUAAAAAAGCAGUAGAAUCUAUAAAGGACAUACAAUGGCUCUAGAUGUUAUACCAAACUUGUGUUCAUUUAUAGUUGUGGAUAGGCUUAAGUGUAACCCAGCAAGCAGUGGGCAAAAGAAAAGAAAAAUAAACUGUAGAUAAGCUAAUAUUAAUCCAUUGGGUCAGUUUUACCCACUUAAAAACACUACAUGAUUAUAAAACAAGUAUAACAUCUUCUAACAUCUUGCGCCUGUGUUGUUUCUGUUCUUUCUAGAUGGCCAGGACGCAGAGGAACAAGGCCACAGCUCACCACUUGGGUCUGCUCAAAGCCCGUCUUGCAAAACUGAGAAGGGAACUCAUCACACCAAAGGGAGGCAGUGGUGGUGCAACAGGAGAGGGUACAAUUCCAGUCUCCAAAUAUUCCUGUCACAAUAUGCUGUUAUAGAUAUUCUCAGAUACAAAACUUGUAGUGGACAAUGUGCUGAUUCAAGUGUCUGAUUUGCUUUUUGGCUUUUAGGUUUUGAUGUUGCAAAAACUGGUGAUGCCCGAAUCGGCUUUGUCGGUUUUCCUUCAGUUGGAAAAUCCACACUGCUAAGUAAUCUUGCAGGUGUGUACUCGGAGGUCGCAGCCUACGAGUUUACCACCCUCACCACGGUCCCUGGAGUCAUUCGCUACAAAGGUGCCAAAAUCCAGGUAAAAGUCGUUCUGAUAUGCCCAGGACCUGCAAAAGUGUAAAAAAGUUUUUCUGUGAGUUUCUCAUCUUAAUUUAUUGCUUUUUACCUUAUUAGCUUCUGGAUCUCCCAGGAAUCAUUGAGGGGGCUAAGGAUGGCAAGGGAAGAGGCAGACAGGUCAUCGCAGGUAAAACACUUGAUUAGAGACUGAACCAAAAAGAUGAUGGAGCAAAAGAUGCAGCAGUUAAACCAAAUCUCUCCUUAUUAACAUUAGUGUAAAGACAAAGGUUCUCCUUUAACUGCAUUUAAUAAGAAACUUUUCUUUAUUUCAAUUACUAUGAGCUUAUAUGUGCCUCUGAUGGCAGCAGUAAAACUUCAUUUAAGGGGGGUAGUUGAGGGCAGUUUGUGUCUGCCUUACGAGAAGAGAGAUGCAGCUGCUUCAACAGAUCUUAAAUGUACUGUGAGCUCACAGCAAAUACUUCAGCAAACCAAGUGCACUUUGACAAACACAAGCAAUAGAGACAAUUUUAAACUCAUGGAAGUGGUUGCAUGAAAAAAUACAACUUUAUCAUCCUACAUGAUUUACUUUUUCGUAUUUCUUUCACCAAUUUCUCUCCCUUUCCCUCCCCCAUCUCCACCUCCUGUUUUAGUGGCUCGAACUUGCAACCUAAUCCUGAUAGUGCUCGAUGUGUUGAAGCCUCUUGGCCACAAGAAGCUGAUAGAGCACGAGCUGGAGGGCUUUGGCAUCCGACUUAACAAGCAACCACCCAACAUCGGCUUUAAGAAGAAGGACAAAGGGGGCAUCAACUUCACAGCUACAGUACGUCACACACUGAGGGAAACUUAGCCAAAUAUGCUGCUGUAUAUGGUCGUGUUUCAUCAGCUGUAAACUGAUGCUGUUAAAUAUCUUCCAUAAUCACCUCAGGGUUUAACAAAGAAAACUUGAUCGUCGAUUAAUUGAGAUGAUUGGACAUUUUUUCUUUCGGUUAGUUCAAACAAACAUGUGAAAGGAUCCAUUAAUCCCUGUUAUGUAAAUGUUUAAACUAAUCUGCUGAAUGAAAUGCAGAAAAUGUCUCUACCUAAUUCUGCCUCACUUCUUGUAAAAAGCACUUAAAUGGUAAUUCUGCCCUCUGGUGGAGAUGUAUGGAAAAAAACCUCAACUCAGACACUAAGACAUAUUCUCUUAUCCCUCUGCAGAAUAUCAUCAUUAAUCUCCUGCUGGUAAAAAUACCACAAUUGCCAUUUAAUCUGUGUUAUCUGGCUAAUUGGGAUAAUCAUACUUCACUUUAAGUAUGCCAUAUAUAGCAUGAUGAUAACUACAUACAUCAUGGGUUACUGUUGAAUAUGUAUAAGGUGUAUCUCUAUUGGUUGAUAUCAUUCGUUACUUACACCCUUUUCUCUCUCUCUCUCGCUCUUUCUCUGUAUUUCUCUCUCUUCAGUGUGCACAAACUGAGCUGGAUGCUGAUACUGUGAAGAGUAUCUUAGCAGAAUACAAGAUCCACAAUGCUGAUAUCACUCUGCGCAGCGACUCCACAGCUGAUGACCUCAUCGAUGUGGUGGAGGGAAAUCGGUAAGCUGCUGAAGUGCCAGAAUGGGUCUUCCUUACUCCGUCUGAGUGGGUGUGGCCUGAUGCCCUGCUACAAAAAAAAAAAAAAAAUGAAAAUACCGCUAAUGUGUCAUACAGGGUUCCAACCAAAUGUGGAUUUGCAGACAGCCUGCCUAUUUGCUGAUGCUUAUGUUCCAUGUAUGAGGUGGAGUUGAGCAUUGUCGUGCGUUUAAACCUUUUGGGAAGGACAUCUCACAGAGUAAUAAGAUAUAACAUCUCAGCGAGUGCGUAAAAAUUUUGGAUAUGCGUAGAGGGAUGAACUUGAUGUGUUCUUGUAAAGUGGACCUCUAUUCCCAGAACAGUCUUGAGUAUUUGAUUGCACAGCAGCAGUCAUAGCAACCGCAGUCCCUCCUUGAAACUGUAGGGUAAUAAAGCAUUCACAGGGUCUUUCUUGCAUUAAUGCUCUCUGUGCCUUCCAGGGAGGAGACUGUGACAAUAAAACAGCAUCAGGCAAGCUAAUAUUUCUGAUUAGGAAAUGGAGCUAUUAAAAAAAAACAUGAAAAAAAGAGGAAAAAAAGGAAAUGCAGCUACUGUGACAGAAAGAAAUGAUUGUGAAAUAUAUUUAACAUUUUUAAAGAUCACUAACAGCUCCUUUUUUUCAACAAAUGCCUUCUCAACAUGAUCACAACCAUCAACUGUAUGGAAACCGCAUCUUCACUUCCUGCAGAUGUACAAAAGUGAGGCCAAAAUCCCCCCACAGCAGACGCUGACUUCUUAAGUUUUAAGAGCCAGAGCCAAUAGGCAGGGAUUGUCCGGUAAAAUGUUGAAUGUACCGUGGCUCGAGGGUUUUAGCCACCAUCCUCAUCACAGCGGUCUCUGGUUUGACUCUGUGCUGCAUGUCCUCCCCCACUCUCUGCUCCCUGUGUUUCCUGUCUCUCUCCAGCUGUGCUUUAGCUCGGCUCCACCACAGCCUUCCUCGAUGAUAUCCCUCUGCUCUCACAUGUACCGGAUCAAUCAUGGUCCUUCAUAUGAAAAUAGACAAGGUUCGAUAAGAUGACGACACAGGAGCUCUGCUUAAGCCUUUAUUUAAACAAUCGAAAUGGCAGCCUCUUUUUUUUUGGAGUUGUGUUGAAUCCUCCCUUGCAGCUGUUUGAAAUGAAUUGAAUGAUGUAUUUUCACAUUAACUGUUUGAGUCUGCACUUACAGUUUUCAUUAGAGGGGGAGAGAUGUGUUUCUUUUCUUUGUGAAUAGCUGUCUGGUCAUGUUUUUGUUUCUAUGGACAACGUUACACACCCCGUUGCCCUGGGAGGCACUUUUGCAUGCAUCUGUGGCUAACGCCCUCCUGGAAAAAAACAAAAUGAAUUAAAAAAGUAGACUAGCUGUCUGAUCUAAUUAAGGUAAAAGUGCCUAAAAGAUAAAAAAUAUUUGCAGAUCUGCUUCGUUUACAGCAUAUUAGCUUCUGUUGUCAGUCUGAAGCAGACACUCUUAGUUAAGUAAAGUUUAGUGGCUCCAACGUUUGUGCUUCUUAAGUUUUCUCUCUCCACUUCUACACUGAGGGCAGCAUUCAUCAACAUAACUCUAAGUAGUGAUGUUAAACCUUUUAAGCAACAAAAAACAAGAAAAAUUGAAAAAUAAAGUGGCAUCAAAAACAAACUGUAAUAUUGAAAACUAUGUUCAGGAAAAACUUUUUUCACUUGAAUAUCUAAAUAAAACGUCUCUACUGUAAAUGCUGCCAGAUCAACUCGAUGUGCGAAAGAAGAACGACAGGAAACUGCGUACAUGCGCUUUGAAAGAGGAAAUCUGUGGUUACAAAGUAGCUUGACGCUGAUGGUAAUCACUUGUUACGUUUCCCUUCUGUAAAGCAGCUGUAAAAUAAAAGGUCAACACAGGGAUGCUGAUGAUGAAGCUGUCUCGGGAUAAACAGCCGCUCACCCUCUCUUGUCACAACAGGGUCUACAUCCCGUGCAUUUAUGUGCUCAACAAAAUCGAUCAGAUCUCCAUCGAGGAGCUGGACAUCAUCUACAAGGUGCCGCACUGUGUGCCCAUCUCUGCCCACCAUCGCUGGAACUUCGAUGACCUGCUGGAGAGGAUGUGGGACUACCUAAAGCUUGUUCGCAUGUAAGACUCUCUCAACCGAUUAGAGCCACGAGUAAAUGAGAGAUUUUGACUUUUAUCGGGUCAGCCUGCAAAUCAUGUGUCGAUUUUAUUCACAGCUAUACCAAACCCAAAGGCCAGCUCCCUGAUUACACAUCUCCUGUUGUGCUCCCUGAUGAACAUACUUCGGUUGAGGAUUUCUGCUUAAAGAUCCACAAAAACCUCAUCAAAGAAUUUAAGUAGUGAGUAUUAACUCGGAUUUGUCUUUAAAAAGUCUCUUUACAGAUCGUUCUGUUUGAUCUUGUUGGAGUCUCAGUUAUUUUUCCUCAUAUUAGUGCUCUUUUUUUUCCACCCCUUUUCUUUGUCUUGUAUGUUUUCAUCUAACUAGAUGGCAUCAGUAUUUCAGAAUUAUACAUUUCUGUCUCUGAAACAGAAUACAGCUUUUCUACUUACACUGUUGAAAUGAAAAGCCAGUCACACACACACAUCGAAGGAAAGAAUAGUUAAUUAGUUAUUAACUGCGAGUGCUUUAUAGUUUUUGAGAGUUUUCUCGCUCAAAGGCAUCAAUGAAGUUAUCCAGUAACAGACUGAUAAGUGGUAAUCGGACGGUUUUAAAACAACACAAGGAGCUUUAAUCACAGUCUUUAACCUCUUUAUGGUGAUGUACACUAGAUGAGCUUUAAUCUAAGAGUCUGGAUUUGGAUCUGAGAUGAUGUGUCGCACCAUCAUUUCCAAAUUGGAGAGCUGGGGUCAUCAAUCAGUGGGUAUAUUAGUGCAGCUGAGCAUUAGCCGUACUCUGGGGAAUUAAUGGUUCAAACGGUGACACCAGAGAUUAGAAAGCCUUUGUUAAAGGCUGUCAUUGCACCCUGUAGUUUACUUAAGAGAAUAAGACCAUUGAUGUUGCAGCAAAGCAGUAAAAAAACAUCUAUACUGAAUGUUUUUGCAGUGAAAUAUGGGUUUUGGUGACUCCAUGUGGUGUCUUGUUUGCACUUGUGUAAAAUGUCACAUGCGUGUUAUUCACUACCUUAAAGGAAACAGUCAUGUACAGUGAUUUCAUAAUGUUAACUCGUCCUUUUUUCAGUGCACUCGUGUGGGGAUCAUCCGUGAAACACAACCCUCAGAAGGUGGGAAAGGACCACGUGUUGGAGGAUGAAGACGUAAUCCAGCUUGUGAAGAAGUAAAAGUCUCGGUGCACUGCAUGGCCCGUGUAUCAAAAAGUCAUCUGGACAGUCACUCAGUAAAUCCCAGAACAGUCAUUGGAGCAUCCGUGUCAUGUCGGUUCCAGUUUUUGCUCUAAUUUAAAAACAACUUGAGAUAAAUGUAAGUGUCACAUUAAAAAGAACCUUGAGUACUUAACACCAUGAAUAGUUCAUAUUGAAUACUGGUUAAGGCUUGCAUUAAACUCUGGAAAAUAUCUGUACAAUAAAACACUUGAGAAUUGUUGCUGUGCU